UCUUCCUCUUUUUUGUGUUCUCCUACAUACAAGCUUUCCAUUUCCAGUGAUGGAUCUUCUAAAUUCUCUACUAAAUUUAAUGGUUCCUCCUGCAAGCUUGGUCAUGCUAGCAUCUGCAUGGCCAACUUUGUGUUUGGUCAAUGCUUGUGAAUGGCUUUACCAUAGCUUCUACUCUGAAAACAUGGAAGACAAAGUUGUCAUCAUCACUGGCGCUUCUUCUAGUGUUGGAGAGCAAAUUGCCUAUGAAUAUGCAAAGAGGAGAGCUAAUCUUGUGUUAGUCGCUAGAAGAGAUAAUCGACUUUGGGGGAUUAGUGAUAAGGCAAGGCGCAUGGGUGCGAAGCAUGUCAUGGUCAUAGCAGCAGAUGUUGUCAAGGAAGAGGAAUGUAGAAGAUUCAUUGAUGAAACAAUAAGCUUUUUUGGUCGUGUUGAUCAUCUAGUGAACACAGCCAGUUUGGGACACACUUUCUACUUCGAAGAAGCUACAGACACUUCUGUGUUUCCUCUUAUGAUGGACAUAAAUUUCUGGGGCAACGUAUAUCCUACAUAUGUUGCUCUUCCACACUUAAGACAGACCAAUGGUCGAGUAGUUGUUAAUGCAUCAAUUGAGAGCUGGUUACCUAUGCCAAGAAUGAGCCUAUAUGCUGCAGCAAAGGCAUCUUUAAUCCACUUUUACGAGUCUCUGCGGUUUGAAGUAAGAGAUGACAUAGGAAUAACAAUAGCUACACAUGGUUGGAUCGGGAGCGAGAUGACUAGAGGUAGUAAAUUCAUGGUAGAAGAUGGCGCAGGUGCAGAGAUGCAAUGGAAGGAAGAGAGAGAAGCAAUAAUAGUCACUGGAGGUCAUGUGGAAGAGUAUGCAAAGUUAAUCGUCGCCGGUGCCUGUCGAGGAGUAACAUAUGUGAGAUUCUCAAAUUGGUAUGAUAUUUUUAUGGUUUACAGAGUCUUUGCACCCAAUGUCUUAGCUUGGGCAUUUCGUUUGCUGCUUACAAAUAAUACAAGGAGAACUUCCUAUAUUGGGACUGGAAGAUCCUUUCUGGAGAACAUCCCAUCAAGAUCUGGAAGGCUUCUUUCUGGGCCUCCUCCUGGUUCAACCCCACUUAAUUUUCAGCAGCAGCAGCAGCUACUGAAGUAUGAGUAGGUCUCUGUAGCUAUCUAAUCUAUUGUAUGACAGAAACUAUAUAUCUGAGAUGUAAAUACUUUCAUCUAAUAUGUUAUCUAUGAAAGUAUAUGAUAUUAGAUAGAUUGGUUAACUUGAUCUUAGAAAAAUUAGAUCAUCUUCUCUUAAUCUAGCCGAGAUAAAUCUCUAUGUCGUCGACAGAAAUAUUCAAGGCCUCCCCUUCUCUCUGGUAACAACAUUCUUCAUUGGUCCCCGUCUUCAAAAAUUUGGGUUUCCAGAACUUGUAUUGCACCUUCUUUUACAGUGUUAUCGUUGUCAAUGACACCCUCCGGCGCCGCCAUUUUUGUAAGCUCGUAAUCAAUAGCCAUGGCAGCAUUAGAUGCUGCUAUCUGUAUAGACUUUGGAGACAUGUUGAUCUCAAGGAAGUCGGGAACACACAUAGGGAAGUUGAGAUGAGUUACUGAUGAAGGACCUCUUAGACAGAACAUUGCAGUAUCAUAGGCAAUUGCGGCGGCUUCUGGGUUGGAGUAUGAACCUAACCAAAGCCUGUCUCUUGUGCCGGGGACUCGAAUUUCUGAUACCCAUUUCCCCCAUUUCCUGCGGCGAAUA